CAAUAUUUUCCUCGGCCUCGCGCGGCUGCGGCGCUCGCCGCGGCGGAUUUGCCAAAUGGGAAGUGGUUUGGAGAGGAGAACCGUGCAGCCUUCGAAUUUGUGGAGAUCCGUCCCAGCGGAUCCCAGGGCAAUGCGCAAGCGCACUUCAGCCCCGGGCUGCAGACGCCAGCUCUUUGUGUUCUGCCGGCGAUGUGGCGAUUGCAAUCUCUAGCCGCCAGCAGGGUCUCCUCGGCAACCCAUUGGUGACCAGGCGCGGUGGCCAGAGCCUCAUCGGGAGAGCUGGAGCAGCCGUGGGUGGUUGCGUACGAGGAGAAGAACGGAGAUGAAAGCCCAGGAGGUCCAGGUCAUGCUCCGUUCUGGAGGACGCUGAUCUGAUGCCCCAAACUUCUCAGAUGUAUGGCUAAGCCCUCUCCUCAUAACAGAUGUGUAGAAGUUUCUGCCUGAGGAAUCCUACUCUGCUUGUUCCUAAAAACGCUCAUGAGAGAAGAAGAAAUGGCUGUGAGGCACCUGCCAAACAUGGUUCAGGAAACAGUGACCUUCAAGGAUGUGGCCGUGCUCUUCACCCAGGAUGAGUGGGCACAGCUGAACCCUGCUCAGAGGGCCUUGUACAGGGAUGUGAUGCUGGAGAACUACAGCCACCUAGUCUCGCUGGGGCUCUUAGGACCCAAACCAGAUCUGUUUGCCCAGCUGGGAAAAGGGGAAGAAUGGACACCAGAAGACGCCUCCCGAGGCUUCUGUCUGGACUGGAUGACUAUCCCUGUGAAUAAGAAAUCUACCCUGAAAGCAAAUAUUCCUGAAGAAGAAUUGGAUCAGUGGAUGAUAAAGGGAAGAUUCACUGGCAAUAGUUUCUGGAAAUAUGAUAGCCUAUUGGAAUGGCAGCAUGGAGACCAGGAGAUAAAGUUGCAGAAAAUGGUACUCAAUCACCAGAAAACCUCAUCUGUAGGUAGUGACCAAGAAUGUAAUAGAUCUGAGAAGCAGUGCAUCAUGAGCUCAUCUUUUGUUCAAAGUCAGGGAUUUCAAUCUAGCAAAAAAGCCUUUGAGUGUAGUGAGUGUGGAAAAGUCUUCACUAAGAGUUCAACCCUUAAUAAACAUCAGAAAAUUCAUACUGAAAAACUUAAUUCAAAUCGGAAAACUCUUAUUAAAGAGAAACGGUAUAAAUGUAGAGAAUGUGGGAAAGCCUUUCACCAGAGUACACACCUUAUCCAUCACCAAAGAAUUCACACUGGUGAAAAACCGUAUGAAUGUAAGGAAUGUGGCAAGGCCUUCUCGGUGAGCUCCUCACUGACAUAUCAUCAGAAAAUUCACACUGGAGAGAAACCUUUUGAAUGCAACUUAUGUGGAAAAGCUUUUAUCCGAAAUAUACACCUUGCCCACCAUCAUAGAAUACAUACUGGAGAAAAACCUUUUGAAUGUAACAUAUGUGACAAAGCCUUUGUGUGCAGGGCACAUCUUACCAAACACCAGAAUAUUCAUAGUGGAGAGAAACCCUAUAAAUGUAAUGAGUGUGGGAAAGCCUUCAAUCAGAGUACAAGUUUUCUUCAGCAUCAGAGAAUUCACACUGGAGAAAAGCCCUUUGAAUGUAAUGAAUGUGGAAAGGCCUUCAGGGUGAACUCUUCCCUUACUGAACAUCAGAGAAUUCAUACUGGAGAGAAACCUUAUAAGUGUAAUGAAUGUGGGAAAGCUUUCAGAGAUAAUUCAUCUUUUGCUCGACAUCGGAAAAUUCAUACUGGAGAAAAACCUUACAGAUGUGGUUUAUGUGAAAAAGCCUUUAGGGACCAAUCAGCCCUGGCUCAACAUCAGAGAAUUCAUACUGGGGAAAAACCAUACACAUGUAAUAUAUGUGAAAAAGCCUUCAGUGACCAUUCGGCCCUUACUCAACAUAAGAGAAUUCAUACUAGGGAAAAACCUUACAAAUGUAAAAUCUGUGGAAAAGCCUUUAUCCGAAGCACCCACCUUACUCAACAUCAGAGGAUUCACACAGGAGAGAAACCCUACAAAUGUAAUAAAUGUGGGAAAGCAUUCAACCAGACUGCAAACCUCAUUCAGCAUCAGAAACAUCAUAUUGGAGAAAAGUGAUAUGAUUGCAAUGUAUAAGGAGGCGCUUUGAGACUGAAUAUGUGAAUAAUUGAAUUUAAGAGAAUCCAUUCUAAGAAUAACCAUGAAAUCUUAUAUUAAGAUAGUCAUUUUAUUUAUGGAAAGUCUAGCUUUACAGUACUGUGGGUUUUGAUAAUUUUAGAAUAUCAAACACUCCUCAUGGUUCAGAACUGCCUCAACUGAAUAGCAGUACUGUGUAAUUAGUCUGAAUUACCAAGUAUAAGAACCAAAAUGGAGCUUCAUUAACAACACAGAAAUUUGUUUAUCAAAUUAACAUUUUGAUUAUUAAGAGAAAUGAUCAAAUUGUAAAAAUUAAGGUUAAGAAGCUAAGGAACAAUAAGGUAAGAAAAUGGUCUACAAGCAUUUCACUCUACUUGAUUCUCUUAUAUAAGGGGUGUCCACCUUCAGUGGAACCCUUUGUUCUCAUCCACACUGCAGACACCCAGAGUAAAGAAAGUGUAUUUACUACUCAUGCAUCAGCCCAGGACUUACUUAAACUGUGCUCCCCACUUUCUGCUUCAAACCAUCUUUUGUCAGAUCUCUCUGGUCUCUGUGUCCCUAACUGUCUGUCUGUCUUCUCCUUCCUGGACAAUUCAUUUGAAUGGUGUGUCCCUCUUUUGGUUUAGCAACCCCUAAUUGGUAGCAUCAUGUCACUUAUUACCAGCCCAUUUGUUCUUGGUGAGUGUAGUGAUCUGACCUCACACACAGUCCAUGAUUCUGGAUGUUGCACCCAAACUCAGCUUUCAGAACUUGGAAGUUCUGCCUGGGAGGCAGAGGUUAAUCAAAAUUCUUGAGUCACCCAGUUCCUCUGGGCCUCAGUUUGACUCUGACCCUGGGGUGAUACCUAAAGUAGGAGCUUAAUCUGUAUAAAUAUUAUCUUCCAAUUGUUUGUACUGCAGGUACUCUACACAAAGCAGGCAGGGGCAUGUUCAACUUCAGGUGUGACAGUCCCAAACACCUGGUGGUGUUUUAGGUCACCUCCACUUCUGUGACUUGCUAUUUCCUGAUGUGCAACUGACAUGAGAAGUUGGAGCCACAUGGCCAGUUCUCAAAAGGGUCUGACCUACUCUCUUCAGCUGGGCAGUCCUCAGUGGCUCCUGCAUUAGAGUUUAUUGAACUGCAUCCUGGUCCUUGUCCUGCCUUUGUCCAGUUUUCUGAAGGUAUUGCUUCUGUGUUCACAGGAAAAGCAGAGAGCUUUGUAUUUGUGCUUUGCCUUUGAAAGUGAUCACUCCCUCUCCUCCAUCUGGUUAUUCCACUAUUUAAACACUGUCCAAUUCUGACAGUGGUGAGCAACAUGUUGAGUAAUUCUAUGAGUCAAGAAGUGGUCAAUAGCAACAUGACAUUCUCUGGAGCAGUGUCUGUGCCCAAAAGUUUGAGUGACAUUCUACUGCUGCAGGUACAGGUCAGUCAUCAUCUUUAAUCCUUCAGUGCUGUCAGUAGAAAUCAUAGAGAUAAAAUAACAUCUGUGUGUCUUCACACACACAGCUUCUGGUGGCACUGUCCCUCACCACAAAUAAUGGGGAGCCUACACCACUGUAGCCCAGAGCGCUCCAUGUCGUAAAGGUGAAAGAGCAAGGAAACUAUUGUUCUAGGAAGAAGGUGGCAGGUCCCUGGUCUGUAGAAGUGUUCCCCACCAAAUUGGGCAGCCUGCUGACCCCUAUGAAUGCUGUUGCUAAGCUCUAAGUUAUAGAGAGGGUAUUCUGUGUCAUGGUGGAGUCAAUGGAUUCCAGGUUAAACAGAGUUGAAGUUUCCUGCAGCUUUAAAGCCCAAGUUCUCUAAAUUCAGCUUCUAUUUAAUAAAGGCCACUUGUAGGCAUCUCCUGUUAGGUAAACAGUGACUCACCUUUCUUCCUAUUAAGCUUCAGGUGAAGCAGCAUUUCAAAAGGUUACUUGGGACUGACUGUGCCCAGGGCAUGUUUUUCUACAGCCUCACAUUUCUGGCAACCCCAGAUUCCACAAUAAAUUAGAGAAACCAUGCUCACCGCUGCAGAUAUCUGCCUUCAGUACUAUCCAUAUGGCCUUCCUGGCCCUAACUCUCUCACCCCCUUAAUCUUGAAUCAUUGAGAAGCAUUUUUCUAAACUAAUUUUUUUUGUUUGUUUAUAAUAAGAGCUACCAUCACUCAGUAUGUGCCUGCAGUUGAGAUGGUCCAAGACCUGCUGCCACUUUAAGAGCCUCAUUCAUCCCAGUGACAGCCCCAGCACCUCUUAGUCCACCAGAACCAGUGCAGUCGGAAGGCUCUCCACUUGAUGUUGCAGUCUACUUUCCCUGAACCCAUCUCCUAUCUUGAUGAAAUUAGACCUCUGAAAAAUGCCUAUUAACUCUUUCCUGUCUGGGGAGGCAACAAAUAAAUAAAUGAUCCAUUAGCUAUACCUGGGCUAACUGGAUGUAUUUAUGGUAAUCCUGUUUGACCGGGCCUUUAGCUGUGGCUUUAUUAUACUCUGCCAUAUGAUUGACACCUGAUUGUGUGACCUCAACUAAGGGGGUCAACAUUUGCCCGUACUACUUUUCUAAUCCAAAGUAGUAUGGCUCUCUGCCUGGGCAGUCUGACCUACCUUUGGCAUGCACCUUUGCUGCAUUUUUGAGAACUCUGAGGUAGAGUUCCUCAGUUACCUUCUCUGCCAACUGAUUUGCAAAAUGUUAGACAAGAUUUCAGCAAUUAUUGAGAGGGACUUUUCUUUACCCCAUCC